GAAUUUCACACGUUCUGCACUGUUUUGUCUACAUAUCCUCCAAUUCAACAUCACCACACUUCAAAGAUACAAGUCAAACUUGUGAGAAUGGCUUCUAAGCCAAACGUUGCCUUCAUCGGCUUAGGUGCCAUGGGGAUGGGAAUGGCCGUACACUUGCUCGAAGACGGUUUCGCUGUGACCGGGUUCGAUGUCAAUCCCAUGGCCCUAGAGAGACUGGUCGUCAUGGGCGGUGCGGCUGCUUCUAGUCCAAGGGAAUGUGUCCAAGGUGCAUCUUUCGUUAUCUGCAUGGUUGCGAAUUCUGCGCAGACCGAGGAUGUAUUCUUCGCCGACUCAACGGGCGCAGUAUUUGAUCUGACACAAAACGCGAUUGUCAUAUUGUGCUCAACCGUUGCUCCAGGGUUUCCGGCGGAAAUUUUGGGGCGCAUCCACCAAGACUUCCAAAGACCAGACAUACAAUUGUUGGAUUGUCCUGUGUCCGGUGGAACCAUACGCGCCGCUCGGGGAAUGCUGACCAUUCUGUCCUCGGGCCCGACGGAUGUUUUGAAUAUCGCUCAGCCAAUCUUAAAGUCAAUGAGCGAGAAUCUAUACGAGAUUGAGGGAGGACUAGGUGCCGCAAACAAAGUCAAACUUGUCAACCAGCACCUUGCCGGUGUUCAUAUUGCGGUCUCUGCAGAGGCAAUGGGGCUAGCUGCAACAUUGGGAGUGAACACAAAGGAAUUCUACCAGACCGUUCUGAAAGGCCCAGCGUGCAGUUGGAUGUUUGAGAAUCGAGUACCUCAUAUGCUCUCCAACGACUGGACCCCUCACUCUGCCAUCAGUAUCUUUGUUAAGGAUAUGCGAAUUGUGACCUCCGAAGGUCUCCUUCAGGACUUCCCUCUUUAUAUUGCAUCUGCUACAGAACGACUUUAUCAAUAUGCCGCGCGGAUGGGAUAUGAAAAGGACGACGAUGCGAGUCUUGUUCGGAUUUUUCUAGCACAAAGUCCAUCUCUGGUUUCCGAAGCAACACAUUGCCAGAGCCCUGAUAAUUCGCGUGCAUCUGAAUUGAUAUGCCAAUUACUCGAGACCGUCCACACGUUAGCAGCAGUUGAAGCUCUGGCCCUCGGAAAUAAACUUGGCAUUUCGACCAACACCCUCACAUCAAUUAUUUCAAACGCCGCUGGUGCUAGUGAGUCGUUCAAAAGAGUUGCCUCGCAAAUCUUGGCCGGUGAUCUCUUAUCUGGAUACACCAUCACACAUACACGGAACAAGCUAAAAGAAGUGAUGACCCUUGCCCACAUGCAUAAUUAUCCCCUUCAACUCACAGCUACUACAUUUCAGCUGUUACAACAGGCUGUGACCUAUGGUAUGGGCGGCGAAGGUCAGGCAGCGCUCCUUAAGUUAUGGACAACAUCAAAUCUUUCGACUGAACCUUUGCAUAUUACCGAAUAUGACCCAGUUCCCCUCUCGGAACUGGACUCAAAAUUGCCGAAAAUUGAACACAACGUUGAAACCCUCCUACGCAAUAUCCAGAACCAUGUACAAGCUGAGCAGGACUGCAAUCUCGUUGUUCUAGAUGAUGACCCAACAGGAACACAGACGUGCCACGAUAUCAAUGUCCUCACAAUGUGGGAUGUUGACCUUCUGGCCUCAGAGUUCCGAUCAGAGAGCAAAGGCUUUUUCAUUUUGACCAACAGUCGUGCCUUGCCUCCAAACGAAGCUCGUACGCUAGUCAGUGAAAUACUGCGAAACGUUUCCCAGGCGGCUAGUAUGACCGGGAAAAAGUUCGAAGUUGUCCUCCGGGGAGACUCUACGCUGCGUGGCCAUUUCCUGGAAGAAGUCGAAUCGUAUAUUGAUACGAUUGGUUCUCCCGAUGCGUGGAUUCUUGCACCGUUCUUUGGGCCAGGUGUUCGCUACACCGUCGAUGACGUACAGUACGUGGGUGACCGAGAUACCCUAGUCCCAGCUGCAAAGACUCCAUUCGCCAAGGAUAAAACCUUUGGCUACAGAUCCUCAAAUCUGAGGGAGUGGAUUCGUGAAAAAGCAGGAUCGCGAUUUUCUAGCAAAGACAUACUGUCUGUCACAUUGGAGGAUAUCAGACUCGGCGGAGUUUCUGCAAUCGAACAAAAGUUACUUCUCGUGCCCAAGGGUGGAAUUCUGAUAGUUAACGCAGUCCAGGCGGAGGACAUGCUUAUGUUCAGCCAGGCAUUAUUGGAAGUACGCAAAAAACACAAACUCCUGUUUGCCUAUCGAACAGGCGCGAGUUUUGUAUCUAGUCGCCUCGGAAUCCCGGAAAAAUCGGCCAUUUUACCGAGACAGAUCCCAACGCUCGAACCCACGAGACGCACGGGAGGACUAAUCAUAGCGGGCUCCUAUGUUCCCAAGUCUACCAAGCAGGUUCAGUCAUUGAUCCAAAGGUUAGGGGGUAAUUUGACAACCCUCACUGUAGAAGUGCCAGCUCUGUUGGUCGAGCUCCAGAAGUACUCCGACAUUCUCACAAUGCUUCGUGAUUCACCUACAUUGCAAGACAUUGUUGCACGUGCGUCUGGAGAUCUCCAAAAUGGCAAGGAUGUGCUGGUGAUGACCAGUCGAGACCUUGUGACACUUGAUACUAUCACUUCAUGGACAUCCGAAACUUCAAACCAGAUAACGAACUUGGACAUCAACAACUUAGCCGCGAAUGCCUUGGUACACAUUGUUCGCCAUUUGAGUGUUUGCCCUCGAUACCUGCUAGCGAAGGGCGGCGUGACAUCAUCUGAUGCGGCGACAGCUGGUAUAGCCAUAAAACGCGCAAAGGUACUGGGACAGGCGGCGCCUGGGGUUCCCAUUUGGUGGUGUCAGAGCGAGGAAGAUCUUAAGAGUCAAGAUCAAGGAGGCCGGGAGGUUAAAUGGACUGAGCUGCCAUUGAUCAUUUUCCCAGGCAAUGUUGGAGAUGAAGAUGGCUUGGCUGAUGUAGUUGAACAGUGGACAUUACGGUAG